GCCAGCCCAGCUCUACCUCAUUCUCGGCGCCUGCUUGAAUCUGCCCUGCCCCCUCCCCACCAGUCCACCACCAUCAUGGCUCGGGCCAUCCAGGCCCCUUUCCUCCUGCUCCUGCUACUAGUGCUUUCCACAGGUCACAAGGAAGGUGUCGUCUUAGGAACUUCAUCUACUAACAUUACAGCCCAUUCUGGCACCCCAACGCCAACCACCAGUGCUUUAUCAGUCUCUGCCACCGCCACUGUCCACACUGGCACCCCAACUCCAACCACCAGCGCUACAUCAGGCUCUGCCACCACCACAGUCCACACCGGCACCUCAGCUCCAACCACCAGCGCUGCAUCAGACUCUGCCACCGCCACUGUCCACACCAGCACCUCAACUCCAACUACCAGCUCUGCAUCAGUCCAUGGUGGCACCCCAGUUCCAACCACCAGCUCUUCAUCAGUCCGUACUGACACAUCAACUCCAGCUACCAGCUCUGCAUCAGUCCAUAAUGGCACCCCAACUCCAACCACCAGCUCUGUAUCAGUCCAUAAUGGCACCCCAACUCCAACCACCAGCUCUACAUCAGGCUCUGCCACCGCCACUGUCCACACCAGCACCCCAACUCCAACCACCAGCGCUGCAUCAGUCCAUACUGGCACCCCAACUUCAACCACCAGCACUGCAUCAGGCUCUGCCACCACCACAGUCCACACUGGCACCUUGGCUCCAAACACCAGCACUGCAUCAGUCCAUGAUGGCAUCCCAACUCCAACCACAAGUGCUACAUCAGGCUCUGCCACCACCACUGUCCACACCAACACUUCAACUACCAGCUCUGCAUCAGUCCAUGGUGGCACCCCAACUCCAACCACUAGUGUUACAUCAGGCUCUGCCACCACCACUGUCCACACCAGCACCUCAACUCCAACCACCAGCUCUGCACCAGUUCACAAUGGCACCCCAACUCCAACCACCAGCUCUAAACCAGAUUCUGUCACCACUACAGUCCACACUGGCACCUCAGCUCCAACCACCAGCACUGCAUCAAUCCAUGAAGGCACCUCAACUCCAAACACCAGCACUGCUUCAGUCCUGGGUAGCACCCCUGUUAUUGCUUCUACAGUCUCUGUUGGCAACAGUACUCACUCUUCAACUCCUAGCCAGCAGUCUGCUACCCCUACCACCCUUGCCAGUGCUAGCAGCAGCACCGUUGCCAGUAGUACAGUACCUCUUGACUCCACCAGUCACAAUUCUUCCCAGUCACCUGUUAAGGACUCCCUCUUCUUCCUGUCUUUUUCUAUUUUAAACCACGAGUUUAACUCUUCCUUGGAAGAUCCUACAACCAACUAUUAUAAAGAGCUGAAGAGAAACAUUUCUAGAUUGUUUUUGCAGAUUUUUAACCAAGAUUUUCUGGGCCUCUUUGAUAUCAAGUUCAGGCAAGGAUCAGUGGUGGUGGAAUCCAUUCUGGCCUUAUCGAAGGCCAUCAGUGCCGACGAGGUGAAAUCAAAGGUUAUGCAGCAUGGCGAGAAUUCCAGCUAUGGUCUGAUCAUCUCAGAAGUCAGUGCACGUGACGUGCUGCCUCCUUCCUCUGCUCAGUCUUGGUCUGGUGUACCAGGCUGGGGCAUUGCCCUGUUGGUACUGGUCUGUGUGUUGGUCACAAUAACCAUCAUCUAUCUCCUUGCUGUGACUGUGUUUCAGUGCCGGCGAAAGAACUAUGGGCAGCUAGACCUCUUUCCAGCCCGGGACACCUACCAUCCAAUGAGUGAAUACCCCACUUACCACACCCAUGGGCGUUACAUAGCUCCUGGCAAUACCAAACGUAGCCCCUAUGAAGAGGUUUCUGCAGGCAAUGGUGGCGGCCUCUCUUAUACAAACCCCGCAGUGUCAGCUACUUCUGCCAACUUGUAGGGAGCAUUUUACCCACUCAAGGGUCAUCAGUGCUGGUCCCCUCCCUCAGGUUCUUCACUGCCAGAAACCCUCUCUAUUCUGACCUGGGCUGGUGAACUGGGAUUUCUGGUGGGCUGCUUCACAGCCUGCUCCAGAGGAGGCUUUGCUUAAAUCCUUAACCCAUUGUAGCCCAGUGAGGCCCAGCUCUGCCCCAGGGGGGACAUACUGGGGACUUUGUGGGGAGCCCUGGUGGCUCCCAAGAGGACUGGCCUAGAAAGCCUUGAGAUGGGGAUGGGAACCAAACAUGGCUGAAUAAAAUGUGAUCUCUCCUCUUGUGCUAA